AUGAAACGCCUUCGAGAUAUGGAUCAUCUUUCUUUCGUACCAACCAUUCUCCCUAUUUUAUGGAAAUAUCAUCCUGCCCCAGGCUUGACAGUCUCCCUUUCUUGCUGUUAUUUCCCAUCAGUUGAGCUUCUAUGUUGUCUUAAGUGUGAGGCUCAUUCCAAUUUUCUCUCAGCCUGGGCUGGCUGGACAACUAUAAGAAACCAUGAAUUCCCUCGUCCCCAUUCUUCAAUAUUCAAAGUCCCUUUUCUCUUCUUUUCUAUCAUACAAGAGAACUGGUCAGCAGCAUCAAAACGCAGUGUUUGCUGGAAAGAGAGACGUUUUGCCUACAUCCAAAAAGGACACCCACCCCAAGAGACAUACCAAGAGAGACCAGCAUGUCAGAGCCAUCUUCAGAUCCCAGAGAGGAUGAAUCGGACCAUCUGGCUUAACGAUGUACACGAAUCCGUUGCACAUACGUUUAUAACGUAUCUGUAUACCAAAGAAUUCAGCUACGAAACUUCAGGGGACAAUAUUAAAGACUUCGAAUUCGCCCUCCGCCUCAUAUAUGCGGCAGGCACUUACGGCUUGUCGGAACUGAGCGAGAAAGCACACGAAUUACGGGAAGAAGCAAUGGAUUCGGGGAAAAACCCUGAAAUUCUCAAUGUUGCAAAGGCAAUGCAUAUGUAUUUCAGGGGAUCAGGAUGGUAUCCUGAUAUGAUAAAGUCCGCGAUAGAGGCUGACUUGAAAUUUGGGCACCCAACGUGUUUGGAUCCGAUUAUUGACGCUCUGGGAGAAAACAGAGAGUUCGAAAAGUUGGUAAUGAAUGUUAUGGCGGAGAUACUGAUGGAAAAGCUCUGUCAGAAGCCGACAGAGUGA